UCUGGCGUGUCGUGGAAAAUGGCGACGGACACGCAGGUUUCAGAUACCCUCAGGAGGUUUGCUGCGAAAGUCACUACAGCCAGCGUGAAGGAGAGACAGCAGAUACUUUCGGAAUUGGGGAGCUGUGUCAAUGGAAAAGACCUACCUGAUGCUGCUGUGAAAGGCUUAUGCAAACUUUUCUGCUUGACACUACAUCGCUACAGAGAUGCAGCAUCCCAGAGAGCCCUACAGGCGGUUAUUCAGCAAUUAGUUGAAAGUCAUGCCGAGGCAACAACAAAACACCUUGUGCAAUGCCUGCAGUCGACGGGAAUCACCUGUAAGAAUGGAAAUCCAAGUAAGAGCAGUGCAUCAGCAGCGUCCCUUGCUCUCAACUGGAUGUUACUGCUGGUCAAGGCGGCCUUCACAACUCCUGAAAAACGAGCAACCGAGAUGUGGAAAAAGUUGGUGGAUGUACAAUGUCUGCUUUUAACAGAGGUUGUGGGUGGUGGUAAUAAGCAUACGGUGAAUGGAGUCCUGAAGAAACUCAAACAUCUGUGGAAAGAGAACCCAGACCUUGCACAGGAGUAUUUGUCAACAACAGUGGGUCUGGAACCAAAUCCGUUACACUUAGCAAUGCUGGGAGUACUGGUGCAGUACUGUACAGACCAGAAAGACAUUGCCUCCAUCAACAAACAUAAAAAUGAGAUGUUAGAGCUUUACAUGAAGACUGUCCUGAUGAGCAAGACCAAACCUCCAAAAUAUCUUCUGGAACGCUGUGAAUCGUUGCUUCGGCAUGUGUCCCAUCAAGAGUUCAAGGAUUCCCUGCUCCCUACAAUGCAUAAAUCUAUCCUGCGCAGCCCUGAGAAUGUAAUUGAAACCAUCUCCUACCUAUUAGCUUCAGUAACUCUUGACCUUAGCCAAUAUGCAGCAGACAUCGCCAAAGGCCUUGCAAGCCAGCUGAAGUCUAACAAUGCCCAGCUGAUGGAUGAGGCUGUGAUAGCUUUACGUAAUUUAACUCAUCAAUGCAGUGAUCCGGCUGCUGCUGAAUCUCUUGUCAGGCACCUCUUUGCCAUUCUUGGGGGUUCUGAGGGCAAGCUGACUGCUGUAUCUCAGAAGAUAAGUGUGCUAUCAGGAAUUGGAAGCUGCAGUCACCAUUCAGUCAGUGGUCUGUCAAGUCAAACCCUGAGUGGUACAGUAACCGAGCUUUUCAUCCCCUUCCUGCAACAAGAAGUUCAUGAGGCCACAUUGCUUCACGCCAUCUCUGUUCUUGCACUCUGGUGUAGCAAGUUCACCACUGAGGUUCCCAAGAAGCUAGUAGAAUGGUUCAAGAAGGCCUUCACCUUGAAAACCUCGACUUCCGCCAUCAGACAUGCCUACCUGCAGUGUAUGCUAGUCUCAUUCCGUAGUGACACUUUACUUCAAGCGUUAGAACUAUUGCCGCUGUUCCUGCAGACUGUCGAAAAAGUGGCCUCACAGAGUACCCAGAUUCCCAUUGUAACAGAAGGUGUUGCAGCUGCUGUUUUGAUCUGCAGACUAUCUUUGGUGGACACAACAGUUGAGCCCAAGUUGACAGCUUUCUGGCCAUUACUUUUGGAUGAGAAAAAACAAUUUUUUACCUCAGAAAAAUUCCUCUCUCUCGCUUCCGAGGAUGCUCUUUGCACAGUGUUGCAACUCACUGAGCGACUGCUUUUGGAUCUACCAGAAAUCAAGGGCCAGAUGUACCACAAAGCCCUGGUUGUUGUGCUGCUGAGUAAAACGUGGCCAGUUCGGAAACAGGCUCAGCAGACAGUCAGGAAGUUGCUCUCAUCUCUGGGUGGUGUUAAACUAGCAUAUGGGCUACUGGAGGAGCUCCAAAUCAUUCUGAACACCCACAAGGUGAUCCCUCCAGAAGCAUUAGUGACUGAGUCAGGUGAACCAACAGAAGCCGGCAAGUCCUAUAUCCCACCCCGAGUGCUGCUAGAGGCACUGUGUGUGAUAACAAGUAUCCCAGGAUUGAAUAAUGAUGUCAGUGAGGCUGAGAAAUUGGCCAGAAAAGUUGUGUUUGUGGCACAUCACCCUUCCAUAGAGGCUGCUCAAGCAGGGUUAUGGUCGGCCAUUCUCUUGAGACUGAAGUUGGACCCUUCCGAGUUCAUUAAAAAGCAUCUGACUGACAUCCUGCCCAGUGUCACCUCCCAGUCAGUCAAAAGCCAGGCCAUUAUGAACACCGUGGGCUCCUUGUCUGUCCUUGCUUCAGCAGUUGUAUUGCCACAUGUGAGUAGCUUGAUCACGAGCAUGUUGGAAAACCAUGCUUUCCACCAAGUGACUAAAGAAGAGUAUGAGAUAAUGUUGGUUCCUGAGGGAGUGCUGUACAACAAGUCCCUCAUCCAAAUUACUCAACAGGAAACUACAAAGAAAGCCAAUCUGAAACGGGAGAACAAAGCUUAUUCUUUUAAGGAACAAAUCAUUGACAUGGAACUUAAGGAGGAGAUAAAGAAGAAGAAAGGUCUGAAGGACGAGGUGCAGCUGAGCAACAAACAGAAGGAGAUAAUGCAGUGUCAACUGGAAAAAGAGUCUGUGAUCAGGAAGCGGUUGCGACAGUUAAACGAAGAUUUGCAAUCCGCUCUAAAUGUGCUCAAUGCCGUCAUCAAAAGGAACCCGCCUGGUUUGUCACAGCAAAUUCCUACUUUGAUUCGCUCGUUCCUACCACUCUUCCAAUCACCACUUGUAGCUCCCAGACUUAAGGAUACAUUCUUGGCAUUGGGUGCAUGUGUUUUGCCAAUAGAUCUAAAAAACCUGGGUUCCCUGAUUGGUCAUGUGACUCUUCGACUGUUGAAACCUGCCUGCAAUUUGGAUGAAGCUUGGUGUCAAGAGGAACUUAUAACAGCUACCUCCCGUGCUGUGUGUCUACUGCGUUCAUGUACUGUGACCAACCGUGCUGGCAAAGUUGAGGCUGGUGUGAAACCCCUGAUAGCUCCAGCCUUUGCUUAUUGCUUCCCGCUCUUGAAGAUGGUCUUGAUGAAUACCAUAAAUGACAGUGAAGAAAAGGAGGGUAUGUUGAUUCAGGCACUUCAGGUGAUCAAUGAGCAUGCUCAGCUGAGAUCAGCAACUGACAGCUCCCAAUUGAUUGAUGAGAAUGGCCCUGAGCUGCUGCCGCGGAUGGAGAUGCUAUUGCUGCUCACCAGAGUCAUUGCCACAGGCUCACCACGACUCCAGGUACUGGCAUCAAAUACACUGACAUCUUUGUGUGCCAGCAGCAGUGGUGAGGAAGGAUGUGCAUACGCUGAACAGGAAGAGGUUGAUGUCCUGUUACAGGCUUUGCUGUCGCCAUGUUCUGCAGUGCGCGAUGCUGCUCUAAGGGGACUGCUGGAGAUGAAUAUGGUGUUGCCCACCCCUGACAGUGAUGAGAAGAAUGGAUUGAACCUAUUGCGCAGGCUGUGGGUUUCCCAGUUUGAUGUGGAUGAGGAGACAAGACUGCAGGCUAAAAAGUUAUGGGAUGCCAUGGGGCUGGAGCUGCAGCCAAAUCUCUGUUCAUUGCUGAUUAAGGAUGUGAUAUACCACGAGGAUGCAAUACGUCAAGCGGGAGCUGCAGCACUGUCUAAUGCCGUGGCACAGUAUCAGAGCCAGGCUGCCGAAGUGAUGGCCAAGCUGAUUGAAAUUUACCAAGAGAAACUUUAUAGGCCACCUCCAGUGUUGGAUGCCCUUGGUCGAGUAAUAUCUGAAUCUCCGCCUGACCAGUGGGAAGCCAGGUGUGGGAUCGCUCUGGCUUUGAACAAACUUUCCCAGUAUCUUGAUGGAUCACAGAUCAAACUGCUGUUCCAAUUCUUUGUACCUGAAGCCUUGAAUGACCGUCACCCUGAGGUCAGGAAGUGCAUGUUGGAUGCAGCUCUAUCUGCACUGAACACACAUGGAAAGGAUAACGUCAGUUCACUCCUGCCGGUAUUUGAAGAGUUCCUGCGGAAUGCCCCUAAUGAUGCUAGUUAUGAUGCAGUGAGACAGAGCGUGGUCAUUCUUAUGGGUUCACUAGCAAAGCAUUUGGAUAAGAGCGAUCCCAAAGUGAAACCCAUUGUGGCGAAGCUCAUCACUGCCCUCUCCACACCAUCUCAACAGGUUCAGGAGUCAGUGGCCGGCUGUCUACCUCCACUGGUUCCUGCCAUCAAAGAUGAUGCCACUGGGAUGGUUCAGAAGCUGCUGCAACUACUGUUAGAGUCGGAUAAAUAUGCCGAGCGAAAAGGUGCAGCAUAUGGGCUGGCGGGGCUGGUGAAAGGGCUAGGCAUUCUCUCCCUGAAACAGCAGGAAAUAAUGGUGACACUAACAGAUGCCAUUCAGGACAAGAAGAACUUCCGGAGGCGGGAAGGUGCUCUGUUUGCUUUUGAGAUGUUGUGUAAUAUGCUGGGCAAACUCUUCGAACCGUACGUAGUACAUGUACUCCCUCACUUGCUGUUGUGUUUUGGUGAUGGAAACCAGUAUGUGCGAGAGGCGUCUGAUGACACUGCGAAGGCAGUGAUGCGUAAUCUGAGUGCACACGGUGUGAAGCUUGUACUGCCAUCGCUGCUGGUCGCUCUGGAGGAGGAAUCUUGGAGAACUAAAGCAGGUUCUGUUGAAUUGCUUGGUGCCAUGGCUUACUGUGCUCCCAAGCAGCUGUCAUCCUGCCUGCCAAGCAUCGUGCCCAAGCUGACCGAAGUACUGACUGACUCUCAUGUGAAGGUGCAGAAGGCAGGACAACAGGCCUUGCGGCAGAUUGGCUCAGUCAUCAGGAACCCUGAGAUCUUGGCGAUCACACCUGUCUUGCUGGAUGCCCUGACGGACCCGUCCAGGAGGACACAGCUGUGUCUUCAGACUUUGCUCGAUACCAAGUUUGUCCACUUUAUUGAUGCUCCAUCUCUGGCCCUGAUCAUGCCAAUAGUACAGCGUGCAUUCCAGGAUCGAUCCACAGAUACCCGUAAGAUGGCUGCUCAAAUCAUUGGGAAUAUGUAUUCCCUUACAGACCAGAAGGAUCUUGCACCAUACCUGCCCAGUGUGAUGCCUGGAUUGAAGCUAUCUCUGCUAGAUCCUGUUCCAGAGGUUCGUACAGUGUCAGCAAAGGCCCUGGGAGCGAUGGUGAAGGGAAUGGGCGAGUCAUGCUUUGAUGACCUGCUGCCUUGGCUUAUGGAGAUGCUGGCUUCAGAGCAGAGCUCGGUUGAUCGAUCUGGUGCUGCACAAGGUUUGGCUGAAGUAAUGGCUGGACUUGGAGUUGAAAAGCUGGAAAAACUCAUGCCAGAUAUUGUGGCCACGGCCAGCAAGGUGGAAAUUGCCCCACAUGUCCGCGAUGGCUAUAUGAUGAUGUUCAUCUACCUGCCUGUGACCUUUGGAAACAAAUUUACAGCAUAUGUUGGAGCCAUCAUACCUUGCAUUCUGAAGGCUUUGGCGGAUGAGAAUGAAUUUGUUCGUGACACUGCCCUGCGUGCUGGACAGCGAAUUAUAAGCAUGUAUGCAGAGACUGCCAUAGCGCUUCUGCUCCCAGAAUUAGAGCAGGGAUUGUUUGAUGAUAACUGGAGGAUCAGGUUCAGUUCAGUCCAGUUGCUGGGAGACUUGCUUUUCCACGUUUCAGGAGUAACUGGAAAGAUGACGACAGAGACUGCCUCAGAAGAUGACAACUUUGGCACUGCCCAGUCCAAUAAGGCUAUCAUUGGUGCACUUGGUCUGGAGAGGCGGAAUCGUGUGCUUGCUGGUCUCUACAUGGGCCGUUCUGACACCCAGCUGGUGGUGCGUCAGGCCUCGCUACACGUCUGGAAGAUUGUUGUGUCAAACACGCCACGGACACUGCGGGAAAUCCUGCCGACGCUCUUCACUCUUCUGCUGGGUUUCUUGGCCAGUACCUGUGCUGACAAGAGGACGAUUGCUGCAAGAACGCUGGGUGAUCUUGUGCGGAAGCUUGGAGAAAAGAUUUUGCCAGAGAUUAUUCCAAUCUUGGAAGCAGGUCUAAAGUCAGAGAAGAGUGACGAGAGACAAGGAGUCUGUAUUGGUCUCAGUGAGAUCAUGAAAUCGACCAGCAAAGAUGCAGUGCUUGUCUUCUCUGAGUCUCUCGUUCCCACAGUUCGUAAGGCUCUCUGUGACCCCCUUGAAGAAGUUCGAGAGGCUGCAUCUAAGACAUUUGAGCAGCUUCACUCAACAAUUGGAUACCAGGCCUUAGAUGAUAUUCUACCAUUUCUGUUGGACCAGCUUAAUGAUGAGGAAAUGUCAGAGUUUGCUCUGGACGGAAUGAAGCAAGUGAUGGGAGUAAAGAGUCGUGUUGUUCUUCCUUACCUAGUGCCAAAGCUAAUAACACCACAAGUAAACACCAGAGUGCUAGCUUUCCUGUCUUCAGUGGCAGGUGAUGCAUUGACACGGCACCUCAAUGUGAUCUUGCCUGCUGUGAUGACUGCACUGAAGAACAAGAUGGGAACCAAUGAAGAGCAAGAGGAGCUGGCUAACUGUCACACAGUGAUUCUGUCUGUGGGAGAUGAGAUUGGUCAAAGGGUCAUCCUGGAGGAUCUGCUUGAAGCAACAAGGAAUCCAGAUGUCGGGAUGCGCAAAGCUGCAGCAACAAUCAUCAAUGCUUACUGCUCUAAGACCAAGGUCGACUAUUUUGCACACGUCAGGAACCUGAUGUCCGGCUUGAUCAGAUUGCUUAAUGACACAGAUGAGACUGUCCUGAAUGAGAGUUGGGAUGCUCUAAAUGCAAUAACCAAGAAGUUGGAUGCUGGAAGCCAAUUAUCACUUGUGGAUGAUCUGCACAGAGACAUCCGUGCAGCAGCUGCAGAGGCCAAGGGGGAUCAUCUGCUGGGAUUCUGCAUUCCCAAGAAGGGUAUUACAUCGAUCCUGCCUGUUCUGAGAGAGGGCGUGCUGACAGGAAACCCUGAGCAAAAGGAAGAGGCUGCCAAGGCCCUAGGGCUUGUUAUCAAGCUAACUUCUGCAGAAGCGCUGAGGCCAUCUGUGGUGAACAUCACUGGACCUCUGAUCCGUAUCUUAGGUGACCGUUUCAGCUGGAACGUAAAGGUGGCUCUCCUGGACACCCUCAGUUUGCUGCUCAGCAAGGUGGGAAUUGCCCUGAAGCCCUUCCUUCCGCAAUUGCAAACGACGUUCACAAAAGCCCUGUCUGAUACAAAUCGUUCUGUCCGCCUGAAAGCAGCCGAGGCUCUUGGGAAUCUGAUAGUUAUCCACACCAAAGUGGACCCGUUGUUUACUGAACUUCUGAAUCUAGUGCGAAGCGCGGAUGAUUCUAGUGUGAGAGAGACUCUGCUUCAGGCACUGCGUUUUGUCAUUCAGGGGGCUGGUGCCAAAGUUGAUGGAACAAUCCGGAAAAACAUCACCACUCUGUUGUUAGGAAUGUUGGGACACGAUGAGGAUGCCACACGCAUGGCCUCAGCUGGUUGUUUAGGAGAGCUCUGUGCAUACUUGCCAGACGAUGAACUCAGUAUUAUUCUAAAAAAUCACCUUUUGGCUGAUGUAUCGGGUAUUGACUGGAUGGUGAGACAUGGGCGGAGUGUGGCACUCUCCAUUGCAAUGAAAGCAGCUCCCAGCAAGCUUUGCACACCCGAGUACAACACUAGCGUGCUGGACAUAAUUGUUGCCAGUGCUACAGCAGACCGGAUUCCCAUUGCUACAAGUGGAAUCCGAGCCAUGGGUUUCCUGAUGAAACACCAAGUACAGGCUGAGGGUGGGACAGUGUUGCCAAAACUCAUCACACUCCUGGUGAAGAAUUUGCAGAAUUCAUCGAGUGAUGUGAAGUUAGUAGCAGAGAAAAUGGUCUGGUUAGUGAAUAAAGACACUUCGAGUCCACUUGACCCCCAGACAAUCAAACCUGUUCUGAAAGCCUUGCUCGACAAUACAAAAGACAAAAACACCAGUGUGCGAGCGUACAGCGAACAGGCCAUUGUCAGUCUGCUCAGGUUAAGGGAAGGAGAAGAACUGUAUCAGAAUGUUUCCAAAAUUCUUGAUACUGCUAGCCUGGAUCUUUUGGCUGAAAGCUAUCGACGAUCUUUGAAGAAACUUGCCGGACAGGCGGACUCAACAGAACAGGUCGAUGAUACCAUUCUGACAUGACAUUGAAGAAUUGAUUUUUUUUUUUUUGCUGCAUCACCUUUGUGAAAAGUUUUAAUUUUUAAUUUUGUUUCAAAGUGCAGCUACCAUUAUGGCAGGCUGUUGGAAUUGAACAUGAUACUGUGUUUUAGUAUUGCUGCACUUGAUUUGUGUGAAGGGUGAAUCGAGGUGUUUGUGGUGUCAUGACGAAAGGGUUGCCAGUAAAAAGCAUUAACGCUAUUGCAAGGGACCUGGAUAUGAAGAGCCAGAGAGUGACAAAUUCUACAGGCCUUCAAAAAAAGUAAUCAUUUAAUAAAACUUUGACUCAGACAA